CCUCGAGUACCCCCAACAGCACACAUUUUGGUUGUUGCCCCUGACAAACUCACCUGAUUCAACUCAUUGAGGGCUUGAUGAUAAAUUGACAAGUUGAAUUAGGUAUCCAGGGUCACAUCAAAAAUGUGUACUGUUGGGGGUACUCCGUGACUGCCGGAAGUAGGAUAACGGUUAUCAGUCUUAAAUUCCACAGACAGGAUGUUGUUUUCGAUUUCUUACGGUAAAAAAAAAUACGGAAUAACAAUUUUGCCUAUAUUUACGAAAUUAUGCACGUAUCGUUGUUUUCAUAAAACGUAGUGAAUAGCCUAUUAAAAAAAUUAUUCGUGUCACCUUUAUUCAUACAGUGUGUGUUUAGCCUGGAGUGCAAGAUGGAAAAUCGACCAUCAUACAGGCAGACAGUGGCUGGAAAGGGCAAGACCCCCCCGCCCAAUCACAACGAUUUACUUUUACAUAGAAGAAGGACUUCAGAAUCCAAUAUUUAUGAUCCACACUGUCAUCAAAUCUCUCUGUACUUCUGUGUAUUUGUAUGUCUAUGAGCAUCAUCAUUCGUUAUCUAUUAUGCAGGCUCAACCAGCCACCACAAGUCAUCUGUAGCCGCCAAGCAGCCACACAAGAAGCGAGUGUUCUCAACAUGUGCGGCCUUAGAUGGUGAAAUGUUGAAGAGGCUCAUCCAAAAAGUCAUUACCACGUGCCCAUCCUCCCCAAUUAAGGUGCCACCAAUCUCCUGUGGUGUGUGCAUCCACCCUCCCUCCAUCUCUCCCCCAUCUCCUCUCCCUCUCUUUCUCUCAGAUGAGCAGCGGAGGAUCCAGGAGCAGCGAAACUCUAGAAAAGGUUGGCUGAGGGCAUGGGGUGCUCUGCAGAACUGGAUGCAUCAGCUGUUCAGGAUCAUUGUGGCCUUCACAGAAGACCCCAUGUUUGACAAGUUCAUCCUGUUUGUGGUGGUGCUCAACACAGGGACCCUGGUGGCCCAGACAUUUGAAAGUGUGACUAUGAGAGGAGGGUGGUUCUUCUCAGCUUUGGAUUCCGCUUUUCUGGCAAUCUAUUUAAUGGAAUGUGUGCUGAAAUUGCUUGUCUGGGGUCGACUCUACUUCAAAAACCCCUGGAAUGACCUGGACUUUUUCAUCAUUACGAUGAGCCUCAUUGACUUCCUGCUGCCACUCAUUGAGUCUACAGGGAACUUCAGUGGAGGUCAGGCAUCCACAAUCUUCCGCAUCCUCAAGCUCUUCAAAGGGGUCCGGGCCAUCCGAGCGUUCCGGGUCUUGCGUACCAUCCGCUUUCUCCAAAAUCUCCAGUCCAUCGUGUCCACCUGUCUCCAGUCUCUCCAGUCAAUGGGGGCCAUCAUCAUCCUCAUGUUCACAUUCCUCUUCAUGUUUGCUGCCGUUUUCCGAGAGAUGUUCAACGAGUCUGACCCGCAUCGCUUUGGCACCAUGUUUCGGACAAUUUUCACUCUGUUCCAGCUACUCACGCUGGAUGACUGGGCUUUCAUCUACUCUACCAGCCGAGACAACGGUGCACCUCAUAUUAUCAUCUUCCUUGUCCUGUACAUUGUGGUGGAAUACUUCACUUUCCUCAAUCUAUUCAUUGCUGUCCUGGUCGACAACUUCCAGAUGACAAUCAAGAGACGGAUGGCGUCAAAGAUCCAAAAGUUCCAGGAUAUAUAUGAGAGUGAGAUGCAGUCAAUGAAGAAGUUAGAGCCCCAGCCCAUUGAACCACAGACCGAUGAGGAGUUCUAUGAAGAGGCCCUGAAAUUGACCUAUAGUGAAAAUAAGUAUGGAAAGAGGGAGAUAGAGCUGAUCACCAGCUACCUCAGACUGCUGGCAUCCAUAGAUCAGAACCAGCAGACGUUCCGCUCCCAGGGCUGUGUUCUGGAGCGCCUCAUUGACAGCUUCUUUGAGGCAACAGAGGAGGACAGUCAGGGGAAUGACCACGAAUAGGGAAAUAGCAAGGGUCAAACUUAGUAAAGAAACCCUUAUUUCUUUCUCCAGAUCAGUGAUGGCAACUCAGAUUUGAUCCUUUGAGAACUCAUUAAAGUCAUGAAACCCAGUAAAA